AUGGAGGGGGCUGAUGGCAAGCAGGAUUCAGAAACCACAUUUAUCCUCAAAGUUCACAGAGAACCUGCCAUCAUUAUCAAUGGUGUUCCAGAUUUACCCUCUGAUUCCACAGCUGGUUCUCAAUCUUUAGUAAAAAUUGACACAGAACCUCAGGUUGAUCCUCGAUUUGGUGAAUGGUUAGAAGGGAGGAAAGUGCGGAAGCUUUUUGGAGACACGCAUUACGUAGGGAAAGUGGCCAAGUAUGACAGUGAAAGCAACUGGUACAACAUCAUUUAUGAUGACGGAGACCAGGAAGAUCUUGAAUGGCGUGAACUUGAGGAAGUUCUACUGCCAUUGGACAUAACUGUUCCACUCAAAACACUUGUUAUGGACAAGUGCAAACUUAAGGGAUCAGUUUCUGACUUCAGCAAACCGAAGGUGGGUAGACCAAGGAAAAUAUAUGCUACAAUGGAUGAUAGUAUGAAGAAAACAUCACAUACAGUUACAAUAUCCCAGGGAAAUGGUGCAAACAAUCAGAUGGCGAUAGUUAGAGUAGAAGGCCAAGGGCAACAAUCAAAUAAUGUGCCAGGUUUGCUUCCAGCUUCUACGCCCAAUGACAUUAGUGGCCAGUUAGUGACUGUCAUAACAGAAGGAAAUGCUCAAGCAUGCUUGCAGGCUAGUAAUGAACCUAGGAAGAGGGGCAGGCCUCGAAAAGAUAGAUCUUUAUCUGCUGAUAUUCAGCCUAAAAAAAGAGGCAGGCCUCCAAAAAACAGGAAUGCACAGAGCGCCGAAAGAGAUUCUCUGGCGCUUGUGCCAGUGCAAGAUGAUACACAAGAAUCUUCUAGGAAACAGAACAACACCCUUAUUCGCAAUGCAAUGACAGCUCGGGCAGAGAAACUGAAAAGAGAAAAUUUGCGUGCUCAAAGCACACGAUCUGGAACUCGGUUAUUCUAG